CGACGCAACACAAAGCAGGACAGCAAAGCAUCAAUAAUGUCGACCCUCACCAGUACAGACAUGGGCGAGCUCAAGCGCCCCACCACGCGCGUGCACGCGCCUCCAGGGGGUGGUUCCAGCUGGAGCUUCGGUGAUGAUUCGACACCCGCGACUACGGGCCGCAAGCACGUCAACCAGCCGCAAAAUCUUUCCCAGCAGGAUGCCAAAAUGGAGUCUCCGCGUGCAUCGCCACCUCCGGCGCCCGUGCAGGCUCAGAACCGAAGUCAAACGCAAGUUACUUCCCCUAACGCCGAUGCAGUGGUGCGCGUGGCGCUACUCAAGACCAGCAGUGACGCCGAGCUCGUGGACGCGGCAGUGCAAAACUGUCAGACCAAGCUGCCUGAUAUUGUGAACUACGAGAUCUUCACGGUCGCAAACAUUGAGCAACUGCCCUACGCUGCCAAUAAACUAACCGAAUUUGGCGGCUUCGACAGCGUCAUUUGCUUCGGUUUCCUGAGCACGCAAGACCCUCAAUUUGCGGCGCUCAGUGCUGCGUUGACGCAAAGCCUCAUCAAGAUCAGCGUCAAGAACGUGCGCCCAGUAGUGCAAGCUGUGUUCAUCGGAGAGCCUCGUGUGGCCUCCGUGAAGGUCAGGGGCGGCUGGGGUGCCGAGUUUGCGGACGGAGUCGUGUCUUUGAUCAACUUGGGCGGGUUUGUCGGGCCCAUAUCGCACCGGGCGUCUGGAUCUCCCGUAAAGAAACACUUCGAGGUCAGUCGUGGCAACGUUCUGUCCGCUAAACUGCUCCGUGGGUCCAACACAGUGCUCCGAUCGCUCGAGAUCCUCCGAAACUCGCUGUACGAACACGGAGCUAAGGGCAUUCGAGGCUUGGGACGCAAAUUCCGCAUCAUUGACGACGAUGGCAACCGCUCAUUGAGUCUGGACGAGUUCAGUAAGGCCGUUCGUGAACAUGUUCUUGAACUGAGUGAGAAAGAAGUGGAGGAGCUGUUCCGCUUCAUCGAUACUAACAACUCUGGAGGCGUGGACUUUGAUGAGUUCCUAUUGGCUGUGCGUGGUGAACUCAACGAGCGUCGUACACAGCUCGUUCUUGCAGCUUUCAAGAUCUUAGAUGCAGACGGAAGCGGCGUCGUGGACCUGGACGACAUUAAGAUGAAGUACAGCGCUAAGCAGCACCCAGAUGUGCUGCAAGGUCGUAAGACGGAGGACAAAGUGCUGCUGGAGUUCCUGGACACAUUCGACGGUGGAGAGAAGGACGGGAAGGUCCAUCCGAGCGAGUUCGUGCGCUAUUACGCCAAUGUGAGCGCGUCUAUUGAUGACGACGACUACUUCGAAUUGGUGAUCCGUAAUGCCUGGCACAUCAGCGGCGGCGAAGGUUGGUCUGCCAAUACCACGUGUCGCCGUGUACUUGUGAAGCAUGCGGACGGAAGACACACGAUUGAGGAAGUGAAGGACGACAUUGGUAUCGCUCCUGGAAACGUGGAGGCCAUUCGCGCUAAUCUCCAGGCACAGGGUAUCAAUGAUAUUCAAUCGGUCAGCAUUACAGGCAACGUUCAAGCCGAGAGCGACGCCAACAAGCGCUCGAACGAGAGCUUCCACCCGCAAAUGGCACGGAAGAAACAACACGGUGCUGGUCAAAGCUCCAUCAUCUUCGGAUAA